AUGCCGGCCAACCUCACCGUCUCCAGCCACACCACGAACUACAACUUCCCGGCCCUCGUCUUCGGGAUAUUAUUGAUCGUUAUCAUCAUCUGCGGGAACGUGCUGGUGUGCCUGAGCGUCUACACGGAGAAAGCGCUGAAAACCACCACCAACUACUUCAUAGUCAGUUUGGCUGUGGCCGAUUUGUUGCUGGCCGUUCUGGUUUUGCCGCUGUUCGUUUACGCCGAGUUCCAGGAUGGGGUGUGGUCCCUCAACAUGACCGUAUGUGAUGGGCUGAUGACCAUGGAUGUGAUGCUGUGCACCGCCUCUAUAUUUAACCUCUGCGCCAUCAGCAUAGACAGGUUCAUCGCAGUCUCCGUCCCUCUUAAUUACAACCGCAAACACGUAGACCAGCGACAGAUUGUCCUGCUUUCCGCCACAUGGAUCCUGGCCUUGGCCGUGGCCUCCCCCGUGAUGUUCGGAAUCAACAACGUCCCCAACCGGGACCACAGCGAAUGCAAGCUGGAGGACAACAACUACGUGGUGUACUCCUCCGUCUGUUCGUUUUUCGUGCCGUGCCCCAUCAUGCUUCUGCUGUACUGCGGGAUGUUCCGGGGCCUGAGGAACUGGGAGGAGGCGAGGAAGGCCAAGCUGAGGAGCAGCAUGCAGGCCUGCAGAAAGCUCCAGGAGGCCGCCGCGUCCCUGCAGCCGCUGUCCGGCCUGCCUCCUCCUCUGCCGCCCGUCAUCGAGAAAGACCUGACUGACAUUACCUUAGAGGAGCUCGACCACGACCACUACCCCGACCCCGACAGCCCCGAUCCCGUGUCCAUGCUCGCGUACCCCGGCGGGAACUACAAUCAAGAUCAAAACCAGAACCGGCAACGGAAGAGAGCCAAAAUAAACGGCAGGGAGAGGAAAGCCAUGAGGGUGCUUCCUGUUGUAGUUGGUGCCUUCCUGUUCUGCUGGACGCCGUUCUUCGUAGUGCACACGUUGAGGGCUCUCUGUGAAGACUGCUACAUCCCCAGCAGCGUCACCAGCAUCGUGACCUGGUUAGGCUACGUCAACAGCGCCAUCAACCCCAUCAUCUACACCGUCUUCAACACGGAGUUCAGGAAGUUCUUCCGGAAGUUCUUGCCGACUCUGCCAAACUGCUGCUAGCCCCGACACAUGCUCUCCGCUAACGGUUUACGAACCCAAAAGUACAAAUAAACCAGACAAAUAACGCUUACGUGUAAAUACAGCAUGUUUUAUGAAGCAAACAUCAAGGUAUGGUUAUGAUGUUUGCUGCCGUUACGUUUUUUUUAUGGUUUAAUUUCGAAUGUUUACAUUUUGAGAGCUGACAGACUCUUCGAUGAAACGCAGGCAGGAUGAAUUUGCGCAAAUCUUUCGUAAAAUCAUUCUUACAUAAACUGUCAUCUCAUUAGAUGAAAACGGAACAAAUUGAUUGGUUUCAAAAACGUAUUUCGAGAUCGUUCUUAUCGUGUACACCAAAAACGAAGUGAAUAUUCACGUUAUCUUAUUUAAUCAAUAUUACGUUUGCGUUUUUAGCGUCAUUUGUGCAAAUAAAAAUAAAAAACUCAACCGGAUGUGUUGAUAAGCCGCACUUCACUCAUUGACUUGCCUGACAACACGUCAAGCUAAUUUUUCAUAUCAAAUAUUUUUCUUCGCGAUAGACACAAUUUGUCUAAUCGUCUCUUUCGCGAAGAAAAAUGUUUGGUGCUACGAUAGUUUUGUCCAAUUUGCGCCAUCUAUUCAUAUCUUUGCGUCGACUAAAUUAAAUCUAAUUGCACAAAUCAACAAAUUCGAUUUUGCUAAGCGCACACCAUCACAACGACAAAGUUCACGCGAAUGAAUUUUCUUGUAAAACUAUUCAAUUUAUUUUCCUGAAAAUUGUUUGUUAAGCAUUUUAAGUAAAUUGUAUCUAAUAUCAUUCACAAAAGCAUUACAAAAUCGCAAAAUGCAUGCAUAUCAUUUAAAUGCAUGCACUUUAAAUUGUUCGUAAAAAAACUUUUUAACGUGGACUGUACAAUGUUUGAAGAAACAUGGAGCGAUGCAAAAAUACAUAGAUAAUGCCGAACAAAUCGUAAAGAUUUUACACAAAAGUGGCUUUACGAACAAUUUCAACCUUUCGUUCUGUUUGUGUUUCAAACGAAUUGCAGUUUACGCUUCGAAGCCUCUUUGACAGGAGUGUGUGUGGAACGGUCUGCCGUCUACGAUGAUCUCUUUGCCAUCGCUGUUUUCAUGCAAUACGCGAGGGAGUUCGUCCGGCAGCCAACGAAUCAAAGAUCCUCGUUUUAUAUUUGCUAGCGCUGACAUUCAUCAGAGAAAAUGUCUGUUUUCCACAGACAAGAACUACUUUCUGCUGAUGUCCAAAAGAGAAGAUAAAGAAACUUUUUGGAUAAAACAAAUCCCAGAAUGAAGAAGACGGUCAACUAGGGGCAUUGCUAAAGAACAACGUCGAAGAAAAGAACAAAAUGAUAUCGAUGCUGACGCUGACCAGUUUUGAAACAAUAACUGAAGCGAAUCAGCCAGAAACCGCAUGAAUGGAUCUCCAGCGUCGAGAAUCAGUGCAUUCGAGUCAAACAAAAACUGAUUCAGGUUGUUUUCGAAGAACUUUACUGUCAACUUGUUCGAUUGCCGAGGCAAAUGUAGGGUAGAUUUUCGCUGGCAGUCGUUUUCAUGCCUUUUAUGUUAUUCGUACUCUUCAGGUCACGCAGUGUUCAUUAAAAGCUGAGUGAACCCGG